AUGCCUCUCCAUGCCUGCCUGCUGCAGCUGAUCAAGAGGGUGCAGCUCAAGCGCAAGGAGGUUGACGACGUCCUGGGAGGGGAGGAGGCUUGGGCAAACGUUCAGAAGACGGACGUCACCUGCCCCAAGUGCACGUACCACCAGGCCUACUUCAUGGAAAUCCAGAUCAGGUCUGCAGACGAGCCAGCCACCCUCUUCUUCAAGUGCGUCCAGUGCGCUGCCCAGUGGCGCGAAGGUUAG